AUGAAGGCUGCUGCAACACCCGAGGCGCAUCACAUUGCGCCGGCACCGCGCAAGGUGCACCCCGCCGCACGAUGGGUCUCUGGUCUCUUCUCGCCCAUGUCACUUCGGGAUCAGGAGUACUGCACGGACAUGUUCCAGCGCAUUCUGUGGGGAUCGGUGGUGGUCUCCUUUCCGAUCGCAUACUGGAUGGGCCGCGUGCUCGUCACCGUCGUCGGCGUGUGUGUAGCGACGGCGGUGUGCCUCGUCCUCUUUGUCCCCAACUGGUACCAGCGCCCAGACCUGGCGCUUAAGUACGCAGAUGACACGGAGGUGCACAACUACUACCAGCAGUACGAGGCGGCGAAGAGGGCCGCGCGCGAAGCGGGCGCGCUGUCCAAGAAGGCGGUGGAUGCUUCUCCAGAUUCUCCAGCGGAGAAGCUCUCCGGCAUGACCGCUUGA